AUCCUUUCCUGCAGUGUAUUUUUAUUUUUAUUUUUAUUCUUGCAUCUGUUUUCUUCUUUCCUUCUUCUUUCCCAGGCUCACUUUAUCUGCUGCAGAGCUUUGUCGAGGACCUGUGGGUUAAAUUUGCUGUAUAACCUCCGGGAUCUUCCUUUCCGUCUGACAUCAUCUGCAGCAUCGCAUACCUAGACACCAGCGACUUUUUCACUAGAAGCUCGCGAAUUUUGCAUGAGACACGACCGCCACUUCUAAUCUCCAUCCUCCGCUCCACGUCAACUCACACAAUGGCCCUCAAGACGCCCCUCUUAGCUCCCACGCCAGAGAGCGUCCCCCCACCGCGUCCGCCCCUGACCGCCGACGAAAAGGUCAAGUACGAGUGGCUCCUCGAACGCGCCCGUUCCUGGACCGAAAUCAAGACCACGUCCCCGGAGAAGACCGGCCCCAUCACCGACGCGGAACGCCAAUGGCUGACGCGCGAAUGCUUGCUCCGCUACCUGCGCGCGACCAAGUGGCAGCAGACCGAGUCCGAGCGCCGCCUCCUGGACACGCUCGCCUGGCGCCGCGACUACGGCGUCGCCCCGGACGCCACCGUGACCGCGGACCACGUGAGCCCCGAGUCGGAGACGGGCAAGCAGAUCCUCCUCGGCUUCGACCGCGAGGGCCGCCCUUGCCACUACCUGAACCCAGGGCGCCAGAACACGGAGGCGUCGCCGCGGCAGGUCCAGCAUCUUGUGUUCAUGGUGGAGCGCGUCAUCGAGCUCAUGCCGCCCGGCCAGGAGACCCUCGCGCUGCUCAUCAACUUCAAGACGAGCAAGAGCCGCUCGAACACCGCCCCUUCUAUUAGCUUGGGCCGCGAGGUGCUCAGUAUUCUGCAGACUCAUUACCCGGAGCGCCUUGGUAAGGCUCUCAUCAUUAAUGUUCCCUGGGUCGUCUGGGGCUUCUUCAAGCUCAUCACGCCCUUCAUCGACCCGUUGACCCGCGAGAAACUCAAGUUCAAUGAGGAUAUGCGCCAGUACGUCCCCAAGGAGCAGCUUUGGGCCGAGUUCAGCGAUGGCUCAUUGGAAUUCGAGUACGAUCACUCCGUCUACUGGCCCGCGCUGGUCAAGCUGUGCGAAGAGAAGCGUGCUUCUCGGACGGAGCGCUGGAUCGCGGGCGGUAAGCACAUUGGCGAGUACGAGGACUACCUUGCCGGAGGCCGCGCGACUGGGUUGGCUGCCGAGAAGGGGCAGAGUUCCGCGGGUUCCGAUGAGAAGGCCGAUGUCCUGGCGGCAGCUGCUCCUAGCACAGAGGCGGCCAAGGCCGAGUCCUGAGGAGGUUCUAUACAGUAAUUUUACGGGAAACAAAACAAUAAUAGAAUAGAGGCUAUGAUUUAUGUACAAUAAUAAUCACGUAAGCAUGCGAAAUUUCAUAUAGACCCUAGAAAGUUAGUUGAGAUGAAAAGCCGGAGAUGGUGUACGGGCGGGAAUCAAAACAUAGCCCUCCAUUAUAUGGCCCUAUACACUUAAAUCAUUACUACGCGC